ACCAGUCUAACAAUCAAACCUUCGAUUACACCGCAGAGGAAGAAGCAGAAGCUAGCAGGUGCGGCUUCUGUUUGUUAUUGAGAGAUUUUUGCAUUGUAUCUCAGGAUGGCGCAGUGGGGUGCCAUCUUCUCCAUUAUUGUUGCCAUUGGGGGGGCAGCGCUGCUGGCGUCUGUGCACAAAAUUGAAGAGGGACACACAGGAGUAUACUACAGGGGGGGAGCUUUGCUGACGUCCACCAGUGGACCUGGUUUCCAUCUCAUGCUUCCUUUCAUCACCACAUACAAGUCAGUGCAGACGACACUGCAAACAGAUGAAGUGAAGAAUGUGCCUUGCGGUACCAGUGGUGGAGUGAUGAUUUACUUUGACCGCAUCGAAGUGGUGAACUACCUCAUUCCAUCUGCCGUCUACGACAUCGUAAGAAACUUCACUGCCGACUACGACAAAGCGCUGAUCUUCAACAAGGUCCAUCACGAGCUGAACCAGUUCUGCAGCGUUCACUCCCUGCAGGAGGUUUAUAUCGGCCUGUUUGAUCAAAUUGACGAAAACCUGAAGCUAACUCUGCAGGAGGAUCUCACCAAAAUGGCUCCUGGUCUCAUCAUACAGGCGGUUCGAGUCACCAAACCAAACAUCCCAGAGAGCAUUCGCAGGAAUUACGAGCUCAUGGAGAGCGAGAAAACCAAGCUGCUCAUAUCCCAACAGACGCAGAAGGUCGUGGAGAAAGAGGCAGAGACUGAAAGAAUCAAAGCUGUGAUCGAGGCAGAAAAAGUUGCUCAAGUGUCUGAGAUCAAGUUUGGGCAAAAGGUCAUGGAGAAGGAAACUGAAAAAAAGAUCUCUGAGAUUGAAGAUAACGCCUUCUUGGCCCGCCAGAAAGCCAGAGCAGAUGCCGAGUUCUACACAGCUCAAAGAGCAGCAGAGGCCAACAAGAUGAAACUGACCCCAGAGUAUCUGCAGCUGAUGAAGUACAAGGCCAUCGCAGCCAACAGCAAAAUCUACUUUGGGAACGACAUCCCACAGAUGUUUGUGGACUCUCCCAGCAGCUCGGCCAAAACCUCUGCAGCCAUGGACAUUGUGGCCGAUCAGCUUCUGGAUCUGGAUUAGCAAGUAAGAGAAGUGGGCAGGAUGCACGGGACCAACCGGGGAGGAGAACAAUGAAAAGGCAGCCACCUACAGGUUGGCUGGGCGUCAGACUCUUUGGACCAGAGCCUGCAGUUCUCAGCCUCUCGCUGCGGGAAUCAAUUCGCCUGGAUUCACUUUCCUUUUUCUGGGUCAUCUGAUCGUCUUGGACUGAAGAAGAGUGUGUAGCAUUGAUUUUAUAGUUUUAUUGUUGAGGAAGCUGCGUACAAGAGAGGAGAUAUUUUGUCUAAAUGGUAUUUAAUGAUAAUUCUCAUGAUUUGUUUUGAGGCAGCGUGUUCAUCUGAGAGCUCCUGUCUGGUCACGCCACAGCCUGCGACUCCAAGCAGAAACACCACCGACAGAUCUCAGGGAGAUACCAAGGUUAUCAGAACCUGCCAACUCACUCACUGACUGAACUGAAGCCAGGACCACUGUCUCAUGGUCACAUCUUUUAGAUGUGUGAAUUAUUCUGCACAUAAUCAUGGUAUGAAUCACUUUUGUCACUCAGAGAUUGUUAUCAGCAGCGUUUGGAAAUCCCCAACAUAUCAGUGAGUCAUGCCAGUGACGCUGCGCCGCCGGUGCGCAGACACACUUAAUAGUGGAGUAGAUGAAGUAGCUCCUUUGGUGCUUGUCCAGGGCGUGCUGCUGCCGCUGCUAUAAAAAGUUAGCCUAAUUGGUUUGCCGAAACUAGUUGACUUGAAAGAACAGAAGGGUGAAGGCAUCGGUCAUGUGGUUCGUAGCAUUUUUAGAGGUAUUGAGAGGCAUCAGCAUGGGAGGGAGCUGAAAAGCAAAAAAAAUGUCUCAAAAUUCUCAUGAUUAUGGAGACAUGCCAGAAACAUUCCAGAACUCAUGCUCACAAUUCAUAAGGUUGCGUCCAUCAUAAGGGGAAUGACUAGACUGAAUUUAUUACAUCCAAGGGGGCUGUGAGAUUGUCUGUCUGUAUGAUGAACAUUUCCAAACAUAUUUCCUUUGAAUAUUGUCCUGUAGUUCCAUCUAGCACCAGGAAGGUUUUGAACGAAUCAUCUUUCACUUGUAUGGCUUCUACUGAAGCCUUGACUCACUGAAUCCCAUCGUACAUUUGAAAGGUUUAAAUGAAUCAACUUCCAUCCAUGUGACUGCUGACAAAACUAUAUUAUUAUAUAUUAUAUUGACAUUGUUUUUGGGUUGACAGGUAGGAAUGGGAGCAACUUGACAACUCAGGAGUGCGGCAGCAGUUGUGCCACUGGAUUAAUGCUUGAAUUGUAGAAGUUUUUUGAGCUUUUGAUAACUGAAGUCUGUACGUGUUGAAGAAGUACUUUAGAGCGAUUAGAUCAGUCAUGCUGGGCAUAGCUGAUCCACGCGAUAAUAAUAUGUGGAACAUGUCAUUUAAAAUUGUAUCUUACUAGUGAAAAGUCUCUGCUUAUUCUCCUACGCCCAUAAUGCACUGCAACAGCUGAAGCAACAGUUGGGGUUAAAGGAGACGUGGAUCAAUUGAUGAACAAGUAAAUGAAAUAAGAACAAUGGAUGCGUCAGUCAAAUUCAUGUUUCGCCAUUGUUUCCCAAAAUACAACGUAAAUGGUAUCGCUUUCUAAAUGAUGUCAUGCAAAACUUUUGUCUCAGGUUUGCACACACUCGAGUUGAAUCAUCAGCUGGAGCUUGUUGGGACUCACGUCGCUGUUGUAUCUCGGUGAGAUUGAAGACAGUGACUCAACACAGUGUAAAGAUAAAAAGCAGCAAUUGUGGAUCUUUCAAUCUUCGUCUAUUUGUUUGUGAUUCCUAGCAACCGGACACUUGUUAUCUCACACCUGGUGAGGACAACUUUUGUUUUAGCUCCAGCUGCUUUUUACUUCUUUAGUGUGUUUUUCUUACAGCUAGGUGAACCAAAACAAGCACUCUUCCCACAUGCAGUUUUUGUUUAAUUGAAGGGAAUAUUUGUGAUUUAGUGUAAUGAAUGUGUUCGUAUGUCAGAACAAGCUAUAACGAAAACAAGAGAUCGCACUGUAGGUGUCAUUUUAUUAAUUGUAUGUAGUCUAUUUAUUCAUGAGGACCUUUCUUUCACUUUUUGUAUUAACAUUUCUAUAUUAUUGAGUCGAUAUUUUUCAUGUAAAAAAACAAAAAAACAAAUACAUGCUUGAGGAACAAGAUGAAACCCCAGUGGUCGUCUGCAGUACAGCCGUUCCGAGGGCUUCAGACUGCCACCGAGUGCUUGCUGUUCUUUCUUUCAAAAUGAGAAUAAAUAUCAGACUUCGCACACAGCUGAUCGGGAACGUUCAGUUCUCCAAAACCAAACAGCCCGUCGCCUGACUGAGACCUGCCAAUCAAUGAGACCCAGGCGCCUGUCUUUCAGUGAGCGGCAGUUCAUGAUGUGAAGCUGUUUUUAUGUAAUAAUAUAAGCGCGACUACAAGCUACAUCUCUUUUCAUUGAAACAUUCAUGUUGCAGUCUCAAGGUCAGGCCCUCAUAAAGGUUACACUUGCUAAACUACACAGCGCGAGCACCAGAUGUGCUCCCCUACAUUAUGUAUAUGACACUGAAAAAAUUUGAUCUUAGCCAACCAAAUGAUCUUUUCUCUGCUCGUAGGCUCCAACUCCAGCUGUUGUCUGCUUAUGACUGCAAUUCCAGAAACUCAGUGUUGCAGAUUUGUUGUUAACAAGAACUUCAGCACUCAUUUUGUCCUGAAUUCAUAAAUUAUUUCAUUUGUUUUUGUCUUUUCUAGAGGAAACAGGAACAUCACAUCGGGCUGUUCAUUAGUUGUUGACCUUUUCUACUUUUACAAAUAUAAAUUAUUGAUUCACAGAUAAUGAUUUCAUCAUUAUGAACCAAAUUUGCAUUCAUUCAUUUUCAUGCCAUGGUUUGUACUCCAUUAUUAAUUGUCAAUAUGCAGCAAAUCAUCCUUAAACAUUUUGAGUUUGUUUUGUCAGCAGUUAGGGGGAUGUUUACUUGCUUUGACAAGUCACUUGUGAGUCUGUCAGUUCAGUAUGGCUUGCGCAUUCCACUUGCGCAUUCCGUGACUCAGCUGAUACAAAAGUAAUAUCUCUGUUUAAUCUUCAAAAUGGCUGUCCUGCCCUCAAGCAGGGAUGGAACGGAAGUUAAAUAAAUCGACUUUAUUAGACUUUUAUUGCCCCUUUUCCAGUGUAUGACUUGACUUGCAUGUCUACAUCCCGCUCAGCAUGAACUUUCCCCGAGCUUGUGUUCAGCAAAGAGGCACGAGACAUGGCUGAUGCAUAGCUGCUAAAGGCGGGGGGUUGUUGGGUCCUAGCUUCAGCAGACGGUUGGUCCGUCCUCACGAGGACUGUCAAAAUAUUAACCCCGUAAAUCCACACAAAACUGGGACCAUGUUUAAUAUGCACGGUCUCAAGAUGGAGCUUUUUGGUCUCCUCAUCAGACCAGCAUGGUGCUGUGGUCGGGAGUUAGUAAAGACACUUCAAACCCACACAUUUCUUCAACAGCGAGUCAUGGCUUUGCACGUACCUUGCCAGCUGUAAAAGAGGUGAUCCACUUGGCGGACUGCCCUGGUUUGUCCUGAGAUUCUGGAUGAUAUUGUUGGUCAAAGAGGGCUCUGAGUUGGGGACACCUUAAACAGGUGAUGCCCACCGUCUCCUCUACUACCGUGUUCCUGCUCAUCUAUAUGUCGAAAGAAGAUUAGAGAUCCUCUCCAUACAAACCUGUUUCAGUGCCUCAGAACUAGAAGGAAGUAAAAUGGUGAGCCAGGUCAGCCUCACCUUCACCUCUGCUUCCCACUGACCUCAGAGGUACCACAAGUUCUCCAUUUCACACAAGGGUCAUGUUGUAAGUACCGUUUUUUUGUUACAUGAGAGAGCUACCUACGAAAGAUGGCUAAUUUUAUCCACAAAAACUGACAGAUGGAAAAAGCCCAGACUCUUACAACAUUAGUGAGUGUUCCUUUUCUUUUUACUAUACUGAAGUUAAGUCCACGGAAUAAACACCAACAACCCACCGUACAACUACCAGACACAUUUAGCACUGAAAACUUGGCAGAAAUUCUUCACUGACAUGUGUAUGUCGAGGGAGCGAGGAGCCAGGUCCGUUGCCAAGAUGCAUGCGCAUAUUUCUUAUAACCUUGACUGUAAAUGGUUCUAUAAACCAGCUGGUCAGAAUACUGCGCUAAGUAUAGAAUGUCCUAUAGAUGAGGCGUGCAUGUGUGUGUGGGUCGUUCAUCCUACUUUGUGGGGACCAAUUCUUGACAAAAUGUCGUCCUUGUGAGGGCCGCACGAUUCUGUGGGGACAUGUGGCUGGCAGACUCCUGGUUCAGUUUAGCCAUGUGGCCAUGUGUUUUGGAUGGUUAGGUUGAGAGUGAAGGUCUAGGGAAAGGGUUAUGGCAAUGAUAAGCCUCAUAAUGUCCCCACAAGGAUAGAAUUACACAUGUGUGAGUGAGUGAGUGUGUGAGGUGCCCGGUGCUGCUGGGCCCAAGACAUUAGAGGAGAAUGUAAUGCGAAGUGUCAUUGACUGCCUUCCUGCCUGAACGAUACACUGUAGUCAAGAUUGACUGUGAAAAGUGGCAAAAUAGAACUACGGGUUUGGUGGAAACCACUGGUUAGCAAACAUGACACCCCACUCAAAAGAAGAGUAACAAUACAAGCGGGAGGAAUGGGUGCCUAUAAGACCCAUUCAUGCUCCCUGUACGUUCAAAAUUGUACCUGUCUCGUUCAAACGAUUGUCACGGAUCACAUGGCUCCAUGUGUUCUUUACAUUGGUAUUGCUGUUCAUCAAUAUAGCCACCAGGGGGAGCAGCCCACAGUCAAGCUCCAAAACCAACAUGGCGACUGUGGAAGAAGCAUUGAUCAUGUAGCUCUUGCACAAAAGAGGAAAGUGAGGCAGCGUUGUAGGAGGCGGUGGUCAGUGAGGCUGUUGAAUAUAUCGCCACUGGAGGACGCAGAGUUUCCACCUUUUUGUCUGCUUUGUCUCUCAUUAGAGCCAUGUAUCAGGUAGUAACAGCAACGCUGCCCCCAUGGUCCGAAUCCGUUGGGUAGACUCACAGUAGACUCACGGUCUUUAGAGGCCUGUUGCUUCUGUUUCGGCAUCUCGUAAGCAAAAACCUGUUAAAGUAAAGCACAGCGUAGACCGGAUCAAUCCAAUAAUUCAAGUGGUUGUUUUCCUGCUCUAUUGGAGGUGACAGCUGGCCACAUUCCCGACUGUCAGUCAGUAGGUGAGGGUGCGAAUCUCACCAUUCAGUGUGAUUUAUAUCUUUAAUUGUCAUGUACAGUCUUGCUCAGAUAUUUUAUCAGACUGCAGCCGACUGUUGCUGUCGGUGUGGACACGUCCAGCGUCUUCGUAAAUGAAUGUUUUUUCACAUUUAAAAAACACUGUCCUCGAAGGAAUCGACGUGUUGUUUCUCCAAGUCUGUGUGCUGUGUUCACCGUUUGAUGAAGGUGUGUUUAAAUAAAGCUUCCUUUCUUUUUUCCACCUGUGUUGCAUAACGCUCAUUAAAAGUAUAUCGUUGGCCCCGCAGAGCCGGAGCAGGUCUAAUGCGUCACCUCUCUUGUCUCGGGUUGCUUC